GCGAGGAGCCGCCGCCGCCGCCGCUCGGGGUCGCCUCUAGCCCCAGAUUCCCGAGCGCUCGGCUGGCAUGGCAGCGGCCUCGGCGCCCGGCCCCGCGGCCAGCUAGGGGCGGCCUCGCGUCCCUGCCCAGCCCCUCAGCGGAGCCCGUCGGAUCCGGCCUCGCUCUGCUGCCCGGGACACGCCGCCUCCCAGCCGGAGGUGUCUACACGUCUGGCCGUCCAUCCGUCGGUCCCUCCUGGGGCGGACGCUGACCAUGCCCAGCGGUUGCCGCUGCCUACAUCUCGUGUGCCUGUUGUGCAUCCUGGGGGCAUCGGGUCAGCCUGUCAGAGCGGAUGACUGCAGCUCCCACUGUGACCUGGCCCACGGCUGCUGUGCACCUGAUGGCUCCUGCAGGUGUGACCCAGGCUGGGAGGGGCUGCAUUGUGAACGCUGUGUGAGAAUGCCUGGCUGUCAGCAUGGUACCUGCCACCAGCCCUGGCAAUGCAUCUGCCACAGUGGCUGGGCAGGCAAGUUCUGCGACAAAGAUGAGCACAUCUGCACCUCCCAGUCCCCCUGCCGGAAUGGAGGCCAGUGUGUGUAUGAUGGGGGUGGCGAGUACCACUGCGUGUGCCUACCAGGAUUCCAUGGGCAUGACUGUGAGCGCAAGACUGGACCCUGUGAGCAGGCAGGCUCCCCAUGUCGGAACGGCGGGCAAUGCCAGGAUGACCAGGGCUUUGCCCUCAACUUCACGUGCCGCUGCUUGGCAGGCUUUGUGGGUGCCCACUGUGAGGUGAAUGUAGACGACUGCCUGAUGCGGCCUUGUGCUAAUGGUGCCACCUGCCUUGAUGGCAUAAACCGCUUUUCCUGCCUCUGCCCUGAGGGCUUUGCUGGACGCUUCUGCACCAUCAACCUGGAUGACUGUGCCAGCCGCCCAUGCCAGAGAGGGGCUCGCUGUCGAGACCGGGUCCAUGACUUUGACUGCCUGUGCCCCAGUGGUUAUGGUGGCAAGACUUGUGAGCUUGUCUUACCUGUCCCAGACCCUGCCACCACGGUGGGCACUCCCCUAGGGCCCACCUUGGCUGUGGUGGUACCUGCUACAGGGCCAGUCCCCCACAGUGUGGGGGCAGGUCUUCUGAGGAUCUCUGUGAAGGAGGUGGUGCGGAGACAAGAAGCUGGGCUAGGUGAGUCUAGCUUGGUGGCCCUGGUGGUGUUUGGGGCCCUCACUGCCGCCCUGGUCCUGUCCACUGUAUUGUUGACCCUGAGGGCUUGGCGCCGGGGCAUCUGUCCCCCAGGACCCUGUUGCUAUCCUGCCCCACAUUAUGCCCCAGCACGGCAGGACCAGGAAUGUCAGGUUAGCAUGCUGCCAGCAGGGCUCCCCCUGCCACCCGACCUGCCCCUUGAGCCUGGAAAGACCACAGCACUGUGAUGGAGGUGGGAGCUUUCUGGCCCCCUUCCUUACCUCCUCCACACCUCAGCCUGGAGUGGUCCUUCCUUGCUACCCCUCAGUUUGGGUAUACAUACUGAGGGGAGACUUCAGCCUUGUACCAGAAAUAUUAUUUUUUUAAUAUACAGAAUGUAAGACAGGAAUUUUAUCAAAUAAAACUAUGAAAAUGCA